AAUUUGCUGGGUGUGUACGUUGUAUUGACUAAAAUUGUGUGCUAAAAUAGUUAACAUGAAAAAAAUAAAUUAUUCUCAAUUUGAUCUUUCUACAGUCAUUAUGUUAUUGUAUAUAUAAAUGGUAUACUGUGCGCCAAGCAUAAGUGUUUGUUUAAAUAAAUGAUCGAAUCGAUUAGUAUAAUAUGGUAUAACGUUCAACAUUAUUUGGAUAGUAUGAUAUCAUGAAUAGCGUUUUGAAGACAAAAAAAACAUAUUAAGACAGAAUCAACAACGUGUCUUCAAUUUGGCCUACAAAAAGUGAAAGACUUGCAAUAUUCACGCCGAGAUAUUUUGUUAUUCGUGGAACGAGUGUAAGGGAGAUAACAUUUUUAUAUCGAAAAAACCAGUCAAGCUCAAGUAUUUCAUGUUUAAAAGAUAUAAAUAAACAACGUUUAAGAAUGGAAGACAGUGAAUAUGUUACAGUGGUUUCAGUGGAUAAUGGAGCUGAAAAUGUUAAAACAGAUUCUCAUUCGAACUCACAACAGAUGAAUUUCGAAUUGAACAGAGAGUCACAAUUUGUUACCGUACUAUCGAUAAACGACGAUAUUAACCGAAAAUCGCACAGACCAGAAGAGGUGAUCGUUUAUCGUUUGCCGGGUGAACGUUUAGGAUUCGGUUUGAAAUUCCAAGGUGGUUCGAAAAGUACCGAAAAUAUUCAACGGUUAUUUAUCCAAUCUUGCGCGACAGACACACCAGCAUCUCGUGCGAAGACUAGUUGGGGUCAUUUGUCCGAAGGUGAUGAGAUUUUAGAAAUCGACGGGAUCGAUGUAAAGACAAUGACACGCUUGGAAUGUGUACGAUAUCUGAAAGAAAGUAAUUUGGCAAUCAAAUUGAAUGUGCGGAAUAUGCAAAAUGUGGAAGAUAAGACGAAAGAAUUUAUUGAAAUUAAAGAGAAGUCUUAUGUUCUGCCACCGACACCAUCAGCACCGCCGAGGAAAAUAAACAAACGGAAGCCAGUGAAAAUUGAGCAUGAGAUUAGAGAUGAUAUUAAUGAAAAACCGUUAACCCCUCCACCGGAUGCUGAAUAUUACGUGAAUCUAUUUUCAGAUGAAAAUGAAAAUUUGAAGUUCCGAGACUAUGAAUCAGAUGACACAGCAAGUACCAUUUCAACGGUGGUUGAUAAUUUUUCCAUCCAUUCAAAUUCAGACUUGUCGCUUUCCAGUUUCAAUACAAAACAACCCGAAAUAACAAAAGCCCUCAAAUCAUUUACAACUCUUGAAAAAGAGUUUAGUGUUGAAAAUCGACAGAAAUCAGAUGAACUUAUCACUCAAAUCAAACCUCCAACGGUAUUUCAAGAUGAAUGUAACAGCAAGCCAACGGCAAAUAAAAAGGAAAUUCAAUUUCAGUCUAUCGAAAUCAAAAGAGAUUGCAAGAAUGGUGAUACAAUGAAAACGAGUGACUACGAAAAUAUUGACUUGGCAUCGAAGGCAACGAAACGAAACUAUGAAAAUGUUGAAUUUAAUCGUGCCGUCAUCCAUCCAACACCAUUACCACGACGAGGCAUAACAGAAAAUAAUAAAAUCAUCAUUCCGAAAGGGAGAUUGAUAGGCUCCGAUGACACUGAUGGUGUGCACGAGUGUAAUAUUAAUACCGAUGAUUCGGCCAAAGAGGAUGACAAAGAAAACGAAUUACCCAAGUUAAUUAACUGUGUACCGAAAAUGUCGUUGGCUGAUAAAUUCAAAUUGAAUGUCAGUGAAAAUGAGAAAAUCGCUGCCGUUGUUAAACAGUGCAUGAAAAUUGACAAAGUCAAUCGCGAAAUAUGCAGUUCCAGCGACGAGGAUGACGUGGAAUCUUCGAACAAUUUGAUGAGCGACGAUGAUAGUGAUAAAUUGGGACCACCAGAAUUUGUCGAUGGGCCAGGACCGUCAGAAGUGUAUUUUAACUAUCAUUGGAACAAUAAUGCGUUGCCGACUAUCGGUGAGGUUGAGGAAGAGUUCUCAUCAUUGGACAUGAAUAAAGGACCGAUUGUCAUUAUCAACAAAGUUGAAGAGCCAGUCACUUCAAAUGCCGAACCAACAAAAGAUAUUAAUCAAUCGAUAACCAUGCCUCCAAAACAAUCACAAAUGACUUCAACGAAUAGUCAUCCAGCUGAUAAAUCUACGAACGGAAAAACGUCCAACAACACCAACGAAAUUGUCAAACCGAAAAUAUUUGCCAAAAGUGAAGUGAACGUGGAAGUGAGUGAUUACGAUUCGGGAACUAAAUCCACCCAACAUCGAGAUAAAGUUCAGUCGAAAAUAACAAGUACAGUGAAAACGAUCAAUAAAUUAACAACAAACGAACCAGUUGAACAUCAAUCUGGGUCGCAACAUACGGAAUCUAUUAAAAAUAAUUCAAAAAUUCCAAUCAAAUUUAAUUCCAGCAAUAAUCAUAAAUCAGUUAUAACAGUUGAAAAAUCAAAUAAAAUUAAUUCAAAUUUAAGCAGUGUGGAUCACAAUGAAACAUUAUUAUUGAGUGAAAGAAAUGGUUCCACUCCAAAUAUUGUUAUUGUGAAAAAUGUGAAAGAAAACUUGGACCGCCGAAAUUCAGAGCGAAAUUCAGAACAAAGCAAAUGUGAAUUAAUUGAACCGAGUGUUAGUGAACCGAAAAUUAAUUGUAAUAACACCAGCGGUACGGUAAUAGCGGAACGAAUUAUAUUGGGCACAGAGUCUUCAAGUGCUAAACAGGCUGCGAUUGGCCAUCAGAGUAAAAUGGAAAAAAUUAAAACCGAAGUCAAAAUUGGUGGUAUGGACCGUGACAACUUAACGACAUCAAAACCAAUGAUCGCCAAUGAUGUACACGUUCAUCCACCCUCAUUUUCUCGUCUCCCACCCGACGGUCAUGAAUUCCCUCCAAAUUUCUCUGAGCCGAUAAUAAUAACAUCCGUCUUCAAACAGAAUGCUGACAUCAAAUUAAGUGGUGAUAGAUCGAGUCCAGUAGAUAUUGUUCCAUCACCGCCGAAAUCCAAUCCACCUCAGACCUUGCCUAGGAAAAUUUACCGUCAAGAUUUAGUGAUUACCGUUGAUGAUGCUCGAUUCGAUCAAAGUUCGAAUUUCAUUCCAAUUGCAACGACGAAGAACUCUCGUGCUACCAGUGAAGAACAGAAAUCAUCCCUUAAAAUUGUUGACGUUAAUCAGAAGGAUAUAUCUCCUGCCGCAUCCAUUGCCAGAAAGAAUUCACAUGAGACAAUCAAAACGAAAGCUCCGAAAACUCAGCAAAGUGAAGAUAUCCCAGUUAAGGCACCAGUCACAUCCCGUAAACAAUAUGCACCGAUGGCACCGUCAAAUUGGCGUAAAGAUGAAAAAUCGGAAAAAAGUGUUCGAGACAAAAUCGCCAUGUUUUCCAAUGACAAAACUAAACCAGUGGAAAGGAAAGGAUUGAACAAAAGCACAGACAAUUUGCUGUUGGAUAAUAAUGACCGAUCGCUCAACAGCACUGAAAUCGAGUGGUCAUCCCUUACAAAGAAAGCACAAAGCGUUGACACGUUGGACACAAUUGAUUCUUCAGCCGAAAGUCAUUACAAAGUCAAUUUUACUGAAAGCACUUGUGAUAACAAUAGUUCCUCAAAGAAAUUCGAGUCAGGACCCAUCAGUAACGUAUAUCCAUACAAUUUGAGAGCGUACAGUGUCGAAAAUUUGCGCGACGUUGAGAGCAUUUCAUUACAAACGGCACCUUUAACCAGCAAACAACCAACAAUUAUCUCCCAAACACCGAGCAUUCCGACUUCAUAUGCAUCUUUGCCACGAUCAAAGCCACCUACCAUUACUAGAACAACUAGCUUUUCCGGCAGUCGAGAACAUCAAAACUAUGAUGAGCGUCGUCGUACAUCGAUUUCAAAUUUGUUGGAGCAACGCAAGAAGUCCAUGUCGAAACUACGGGGCCUAAUAAUUCCCGAGAAAACCGCAUUGGCAAGUGAAACGGAACAAAUCCUCGACUUACCUGAAAUUAAGUCAGCUGACACUCAAAAAGUUAUACUGCUACACUCAACGCAACAGAAUUCAUAUUCCCGGCGAGAGCCAGUUGUUCCUAAUCCUCGGCAUUAUACAUCGUCAUACCAGAGUCUCUCGAACACACAAGAGAACGGAUAUGUGAGUAUUUUUGGCAGCGGAACGAACCGUGCAGUUCCUAAGAAUGGACGAAACUCUGACACGAAAACAGUGUUCCCAAAACCUGUAGCAGUCGUCACACCCCCUACAAAACCGCCAAGAACUUCGCUGAUCAUAGCUAGCCAGCACACAACAAAGGAAAACAAUAAGUGUGACGACAGUGAUAACGAUUCGGUCCUUUGUGCCAAGAUGUCUUCGCCUCCUAACUCACCCGUCACCAAUCCGCCAAGCGAAAAGAUUGCUCUUACCCGAACACUCAGCUCUGAAACGAAUACGUCGAUUGCGAGCUCUACAACAUCAACGCUAACUUCAGGAUCAGGGUCACAAGCUAGUUGUAGUUCGGUUGGAAGCACUCCGACAAUUGACAUGAGUCGCAAAAUAGUUCGCUCAACAUCGAAAGAGUCGUACGUGAAUCGGAAAAGUAUACUCGCUCUGUCGAAAUGUCGAAGUGGAAAAGAUGACUCAAAUGGCCGGUACGAAGAUGAAGAUAGUACGGACGGAUGUGAAGAUGAUAUUGUUAGACACAUUCCGAAAUCGAAACAAAGAAGCGCACAGUUUGCCCACAAUAAAGUCGUGCCACCAAGCCUUGAUUCCAUUACUAACUAUAGACUAGCAUCCAAUGAAAAUGCUGUGGUUGAUAUGAUCGUUAAAGUGGCCGAAUUUGUUGAAGUAACAUCAGAUUCAAAUAGUGACAGUAACACGUGUGAUUCGUCGGCAGCACAGGUCAUCGAUAAGUUCAUGAACGAAGAAAGAAAGGCUAGUUUCAAGGCCGUUCAAGAAGCGAAAAUUGUGAAAACCGUGCCAAAAGCAAGUGUGCCAACAUUUCAAACUAAACAGCCGGAAAAUAACAACGACCUGGCCAAGUGGGUGAGAAGUGAAGUGGCAAAGACGAGAAAAUUGGAAGAAACACAAAAAAAGCCAGAGCCACCUAAGGUCCCAACGAGAAAUUCGGUUCUUGAUAACAUAAAGAAAUUUAACGGCGCAGGAGAUAAGCCAAUCGCAUUCACACCCACUCCUUUAAACCUCACAAAGAAAACACAAAGUUCUGACAAUCGAAAAGGCAGUGAAAGUACUAGGAUGCCACCUCCAUUGAAAUCACCGAAGAAUAAGUUAAACAAUCAUGAGAGAUUUUCCUCACUAGACUCGUUGGCAUCCUCAUCGUCUGGCGUUUCAUCUACCCAAACAUUGUUGACAAAUACACCCGAACACGGUAGUCUGUCGUCGUUCGAAAGCAAUCACAGUCUUAUCACACCUGCUGACCUCCAGUUGAUUAUCGAAGAGGCAGAUCCACCGUUGAAAACACCUGAAGCGGUUGUUGUAGUACUCUAUAGAGAUUCGCCAGAAUGUAGUGUCGGAGUUACGUUAGCAGGUGGAGCCGACUAUGAAACAAAAGAAAUAACGAUCCAUCGUAUUCUGUCAAACUCACCAGCCUACAAAGAUGGUCGACUUCGUAAAGGUGAUAGGAUUCUAUCAAUAAAUGGGCUGAGCAUGCGUGGACUGACACAUAGAGAAUCGGUAACAGUACUUAAGUCACCUCGCACCGAAGUCGUAAUGGUCGUUACACGAUCUGAGUCGGUAAAAAUUUCAAAUGAUUUGGGAUCACUGAACUCUUUAUGUGAUAAACCGUACAGUCAUUUAGACGGUAAUAGACGGCGCACUUAUCACAAAGUAUCUAAAUCGCUAGAUUUGGACGUGGAUGGUGUGUCCAAUGAAGGAUCGAUUUUCGAUGACUGCAAGUCCCUGGACGACAGAGGAAGUACAAUUAGUAUCGACAAUAGCUCUUACGGUGCUACGGAUCGAUGCACGAAAAAUAAUGGAAUUCAUAAUGAAGAUACGGCUAAAAUCGUAGAGGUGAUAAAAGACAGUUGCGGCCUCGGAUUGGCCAUUGAAGGUGGACUGGAUUCACCUACUGGUCACAGACCGUUGACGGUGAAAAAGGUUUUCAUGGGCGGUGCCGCUGAAAAAGCUGGAAACAUUAACGUUGGCGACGUAAUCCUGUCAAUAAAUGAUUUUUCCACAAAAGACAUCACUCGUGUCCAAGCAUGGAAUUACAUGAAAGGUUUACCAUCUGGACCGGUAAAGUUUGUCCUGAGCUAAGUCAGCUCAAAGGAAGCGAUGAUCAGUCACAAAUGGACGCGACAAUAGUCACAAUGGACGAUUUAUAUUUUUGUUUUAAAUAUUUGAAUGGGGACGUAUCGACGAAAAGACUUUUUAAUGCUUUAUUAAUCAUAUUCUUGCCGAAAUGUUUUGUUUUUUGUCAAUUUGGGUGGUCGUACGUCUUCUAAUUUAUUUUAUUUAUUUAUAUUCUUUAAUUGUCGAUAACGAAAACAACGAAAUUACUUGCCAUUUAGGGUCGGACAACAAUUUAAAUUUCUUCCUAUAAUUAGUACCACUGGCUCUAGUAGCAUCUGUACGAUAUCUAAUUCAAUAAAACACAAAAAUUGAA